AUGAUAGCCUACACAAUCGUCUCAUUCGCCGAAGAAGUGAACGACUCGUCCACUGAUACGGGCGUUGAAGUGGAAGAUAACACAGAGAGGGAUGAGUACCAGUCGUACAGAAGUCACAUAACUAGUCACGAAUGUAAGAACGAGUCACACAUCGGUGUCAUUAAGUCAAUUGAUCCCAAGACGAAGAACUGUCUGCUCAUCGAU